CUGAAAUGCUGAAUCAAGAAAUUGGUGCAUUAGAGGCAGUCUCUUUUAAUGCUUGGUGUAUCAAUGAGAUAGUACAAUUAUUUGAGCAAAACUCUUACCCUGAGUUGUUUCAGGAAAUUAUGGCAACUGCCUCAGAACUUCGAAUAAAGAUGGGAAAGCUAAACACCAACAUGAUUGAAGAGACUGCAAAAAUGAAAGCAAAAAGGAUUGACAGCUCCGAAAUGGAUAUUUCUGCUUUAAAUGCUGCAAAAGGCCUCUCAAAUACGAAAUUAGAAGAUCUUCAAGAAUUUGUAAAUCUUAUGAAGAGUAUGUGAACUUGUAUAUUUUUUUCAUCAACUCGGUUGGACUAGACUUAAGCUUAUUGUGCCUGAAAUUAUUUAUUCUUAGUCUUUCUCUGUGAUGAUCAGUUAGAAUUUGUCUCUAGUGCUGAAAUUAUUGUGAGAAAUUCCAUGAUACUAUAAUUACCGGCAAAUUUAAUGGCAACUGAAUUCGCAUUCAUCAUA